GCGGCCUGUGGCGACUACACACAUGCCAGGUGCGCAGGCCCAACGGUCACAUCCGGGGCUCAGCUCACCACCCUCCUGGUCAGGCAUCACGGAGGGCUCCUGGGAGUUCCGUGAUGGGGGCCUGAGGACGGAAGUGACGUCUCUGCGGUUCCGGACUGCGUCAGCCCUUAGCCCGGCUCCGCCCGCACGUGUGAAGUGUCGCAUGGAGGAGCCCGCGGAGGAAGGGACCGGGAGGGGCGACCCCGGCGCGACCCCGGACACCCAGAGCGCGACGGAGGCCGGGGGCUUCAUCAGGGUCCCCAAGCGGAGCAAACGGAAGCGGCGGGCGGCCGAGCUGGAUGGGGGCGGCGGGAGCCGCAUGGACACGGGGCAGCCCCGGCCCAGCAAGAGGCCCAACUUCCCGCCCGUCUCCGGGGACGCGCUCAGGAGUGGAAAAGAUGAAAUGAGGAAAAUUCCUGUACCAGCAAACAGAUAUACUCCUUUGAAAGAAAACUGGAUGAAAAUAUUCACACCUAUUGUAGAACACCUGCAUCUUCAAAUCAGAUUUAACUUAAAAACAAGAAAUGUAGAAAUCAAGACUUGUAAAGAGACAAAAGAUGUAAGUGCUCUGACGAAAGCAGCUGACUUUGUGAAAGCAUUUAUUCUUGGAUUUCAAGUUGAGGAUGCUCUUGCUCUCGUUAGGUUAGAUGACCUAUUUCUAGAAUCUUUUGAAGUUACAGAUGUCAAGCCUUUGAAAGGAGAUCACCUUUCUAGAGCAAUAGGAAGAAUAGCAGGAAAAGGUGGAAAAACCAAAUUCACUAUAGAAAAUGUAACCAGGACACGAAUAGUUCUUGCUGACUCGAAAAUUCAUAUUUUAGGAUCUUUUCAGAAUAUUAAGAUGGCACGAACAGCAAUUUGCAAUCUCAUUUUAGGAAGCCCUCCAUCAAAAGUCUAUGGCAAUAUUAGAGCUGUGGCGAGCAGAGCAGCUGAAAGAUUCUAAGACCCAGGACUUUAAUUUGGGACUCUGUAUCCAAUAUACAGAUAUUGUGGCUGGAGAGCUUAGUACACAGCUAAUGUGUAUAGAAAUAACACCAGUUCUGCUCAGCCUCCUUCGACUUGAUUGGGAAGCUCAGAAGAAAGUAGGGCUGCUUUUGCAGUCUGUUUUCAUUCAGGCAUAAUGUCUGAUCUUUUGACACAAUAUUUAAGUAAUUUAAUGUAAACCCUCGUAUGUUCAUUAAAGAUUAAUGCUUUAUCACUAA